AUGGCGCCCACCUCCACAGCUGCAUCGAAAAAGGCGGCGUCUGGGUCGCCAGCGAAAAUCGAUCCUUCACAGACUCUGCGAGCGACCACAGCACUGUUGCGAAAAAUCCAGGCCGACGAAAGCGAGCAGAAAACCAGUGCAUCAAAAUCAAAUCUCCUCGAGGAUGCCGACGAGGAGGAUGUCGAAGAUGAUUCUCCAGUGUGGCUGAUUCUUACAACCAAGAAGCACAUUGUAGAUAAGAAGCGAUUAAAGCCUGGCAAAAUUGUGCUCCCACAUCCACUACGAAGUGUGGAGGAUGCGAGUCUGCGAAUAUGUCUGAUCACAGCGGAUCCACAGAGAAAAUACAAGGACUUGAUCGCGGAGCCCAGCUUCCCUCUCGACGUGAGCAAGAAAAUAUCAAGGGUGAUUGGUUUGGAGAAACUGAAGAGCAAGUACAAGAGCUAUGAGAGCAAGAGGCAGCUCGUCUCAGAGUACGAUAUUUUCCUUGCAGAUGACAGAAUCAUCACCUAUCUGCCGACUGUACUUGGCAAGGUGUUCUACAAGGGUGGAAGCAAGAGACCAAUCCCAGUGACUUUGGAGGGAAAGAGGGAAAGCGUAGACGAGCAGGGCAACAAGCGAAAGCGCCUGGCGGAGGGUGGUGAAAAGGUCACGAAGAAGGAUGUCAGGCCAAGAGACGUUGCGGAAGAGGUCAAGCGAGCAAUCGGCGCUGCGCUGGUACACCUAGCGCCCUCAACUACGACAGCCAUGAAGGUCGGAAAAGCCAGCAUGACGCCCGAGCAAGUGCAGGCGAAUGUAGACGCAACUGUCGAAGCAAUGGUCGAGAAGUACGUGCCGCAGAAAUGGAGCAACAUGAGGGCAGUACACAUCAAGGGCCCGGAGACAGCUGCGCUACCCAUCUGGAUGACGGAGGAGCUGUGGGCAAACGAGCAUGAUGUCCUGGAUGAGGCGCCCUCGAAAGAAAUUCCUGGAAAGAAGAGGAAGAGGGGUGCACUGACGAAUGGCGAAGCGGAUGUCAUCGAAGUGCCUGGACCAGAUGGCAAGAUGAGGCGGGAAGAGGUCGAGGCGAAGGCGCAGGAAAGGGCCGAGAAGACAGCUAGGAAGGAGGCACUGAAGAAGCAGAAGGAUGCGGUGGAUGCAAAGGCAAUCACUAACGGCGACUCAAAUAAGCCUGGCAAGAAGGCAAAGAAGUCGAAAGCAUGA